CCUGGGCAGAGGGCCUCAGGUGACAUCCGUUUGCUGCUGGUCUGAGUCGUGCCUUCCGCGAGGCCCAAAGGGUGGGGUGCCCGUGAAGGAACGGGGUGCUGGAACAAUCCUCCAGGCGGGAGUGCGGGCCUCUGCGUGCGGGAGGGUGGGACGGAGGAGAGGAACGCGGCGAACUGAGGAAGGCAGAGGAGACAGAGGGAUGGAGACGUCUAAAUGAAAGUGCUCCCAGGGGACAGAUGCUGCUCUAAAAGUGAAUUUCAAUCGAAAAUGAUGUUGUUGAUGGAAAUAAUAAUAACAAUAAUAAUCGACCAAAAUCUUCGUGGCGUGGCCCGGCCCGGCCUCUCCCCGCUGGCGCCUGGGCCAGGCUCCACCCGCGUCUUCUCCCCGGGACCCCGUGCGGCACUGGCCCACCGCUGGGUCUUCGGGCGUCCAAGGACUGCACCCUGGAGGCUGGCCCGGUGGGCGCAGGAUGGGAGACCCACCCUGAGAAGAGGAAGACGAGGAAGAGGAGGAGGAGAUGCUCGCCAGAGCGCAGACCCGGGAGCUGUGGCCGAGCGAGCCUGUUCCCGGGACGCGCGACGGGCAUCCAGUGCCGAGCGCGGUGGCUGGAGCUGUGCGGCUGGCGAGUCUGAGCGAGAACCCAGAACCUCUCGAGCCCCAAGGCUGCCAGGUCUCCCCAGCUCAGCUCGCACCUGAACGGAGGAAGGGGCGUCCCGGGCGCCGUCGUGGGCCCCCCACCAGGAUGAUGGUGGCCAAAGCGCUCUUUCCAGAUAGAGCUUGUUUAUUUUUCAAGUUGACAUGCGUAGAGAAAGUGAAUUGCUAGAGUUAAAAGCACAUCUGGAAUCCAUCUGACCUCUCCCCUCCCAGGCUUGCUGCUCCCAGUGGGAUGGAGGGAAAGGAGCCAGUUUUCCACAUCCCUGCUGGAGUUUGAUGUGCAAAUCAUGAUUUCGGCCCAAGCCCAGUUCCUUGUCCUUCCUCGGAAAGAGUGCCUCGGAGGAUGUCUCUAGAGCGCCCUCUAGUGGAUUUUGUCGCUAACCGUCUGUGAAUUCCGGGUGAUGGCGACAGCCUUCGCCCCCCAAGAUAAACCCUUCCAGGAGAACUACACCCUGCACAAACACUACAACUACGUGGGGAAGCUGGAGGGCAGGCUCAAGGACAAUGCUGAGGGCAGCAUGCUCACCACGGUGCUGUUUUUGAUCAUCUGCAGUUUCAUCGUCUUGGAGAACCUGAUGGUUUUGAUCGCCAUCUGGAAAAACAACAAAUUUCACAACCGCAUGUACUUCUUCAUUGGCAACCUGGCGCUCUGCGACUUGCUGGCCGGCAUAGCUUACAAGGUCAACAUCUUGAUGUCCGGCAAGAAAACCUUCAGCCUGUCUCCGACGGUCUGGUUUAUAAGGGAAGGGAGCAUGUUUGUGGCUCUCGGGGCCUCCACCUGCAGCUUACUGGCCAUCGCUAUCGAGAGACACCUGACGAUGAUCAAAAUGAGGCCCUACGACGCCAACAAGAAGCACCGCGUCUUCCUGCUCAUCGGGAUGUGCUGGCUUAUUGCGUUUUCCCUGGGCGCCUUACCCAUUCUGGGCUGGAACUGCCUCCACAAUCUCCCCGACUGCUCCACCAUCUUGCCUCUUUAUUCCAAGAAGUACAUCGCAUUUUGCGUCAGCAUCUUCAUCGCCGUCUUGGUGACCAUUGUCAUCCUCUAUGCACGCAUCUAUUUUCUGGUGAAGUCCAGCAGCCGCAACGUGGCCAAGCACAACAACUCGGAGAGGUCCAUGGCCCUGCUGCGAACGGUGGUGAUCGUCGUGAGUGUGUUCAUCGCCUGCUGGUCCCCGCUCUUCAUCCUCUUCCUCAUUGACGUGGCCUGCGAGGUAAAGGAAUGUGCGGUCCUCUUCAAAGCCCAGUGGUUCAUCGUGCUUGCAGUGCUCAACUCCGCCAUGAACCCCAUCAUCUACACGCUGGCCAGCAAGGAGAUGCGCCGUGCCUUCUUCCGCCUUGUCUGCAAGUGCCUGGUGAGGGGCAAGGGCACCCGUGCCUCGCCCAUCCAGCCCGCUCUCGACCCCAGCAGAAGCAAAUCGAGCAGCAGCAAUAGCAGCCACUCCCCAAAGACCAAGGAAGACCUUCCCCAAAUGCUCAGUUCCUCCUGCAUAAUAGACAAAAGCAAAACCUUGCAGAAUGGCAUCCUCUGCAAGUGAAAACACGGGCUUGAAGGAGCAGAGGGAGAAUCCUCACAUCCUCACAUGCAAUGACAUUACAGGGGGAUGUGGCAGCCAGCUCUGCAUCCAUGUUCUUCCCUGCAUGCAUCACUCCCACGUGAGGGCUUUGAGAGUGAUGACUCGGGAGAUCUGUUUUAUUUGGUUGGAUGGCCUUCCCAGUGUGGACGUCUCUUAAAGAGUGGAACCCAAGGAGUUGCCGACCCAUUUCAGUGUAGACAAUGCAAUGUGCCUUGUCUGCAUUGAGCUCUGGAGUUUUCUGACGGAAUUAAGCUGCUGACAUCAUCUGCCACUUUAGGCUGAAUCUCACCUGCCAUUUAUCAUCCAUGGAGAGGGAAGGUCCUGUGCCACCAACACACAAUAUAUUUCUCAGUGUGUCUCUGGAUGAUGUCUUGAUAACCCUACACUACAUUUAUUGUGCAUAAAAUGGAUGCUUGUAUGGUUGUACAUUUCUAUGAUAUGUAGUAUUUGUGUUUCAGAUGUUUGUCAUAUGGUACAUACAUGAUGUUGCUGUACACCAAGCAAUUAUAUAACAAGUUAUACAAAUAGGUUCUGACCAGACAAAGAGGCAUAAGGGUAUAGCUGUGAAUUAAGGGAUGUCUUGUUCCCAGGCUCCUCAGCUGACACGAACACCAGGGUUAAGCAAAUUCUUAAGGUCCAGAUUCCCCAAAGGGUGUGUCCAGCACUGGUCCCAGAUGGGUGGAUCUGGCUCAAAACCAUCCUUCACUGGUAAAGUCCAGGUCAGAAAGAUCCUGUAUAGGACAGGUUCUCCUAAGUUGGGCCUGUAACGUCUCUUCAGUCAUGGUUUUCUGGCAUAGUUUUAAGCAGGUCCAAAAGCCAACAUGCAUGAUCAUUUGGGGGAUUCUCCAAAUCACAAAGAUACAAUCCAGUGUCUUCCAGGAUCCUGAGCCACCACACUAAUCAAGAACCCAUAAGGGUGAAGCCAGGGUACUGACUGCUGACCUGUUUAACCUUUCCCAGCUGGAAAUAGUGGUCUGUUUAAUGUAAUAAAAGAUUUCUGUGAAAUUAGGGGAGAUUCUAAGACAGCACUUUGACCCAAUGUGGUGACUGAUGCUCUAUUAGCAAAGCACCGAGUCAGUAAUCCCCCAUGUUGUCACAGCUGCAUACAUAGCUGAGGGCUGUAAGCAAUUCAACAGCUUCCCAAAAGCUGACACUGAUGGUGGCUAUUAGUAAGAGCAGUUUAAUUGUCAGGUUAGAAGAUGUCACCUGGCAGUUUAUGCAGUCCUUCAAAGAGAUGUAUUUUAACAAUAUGUACGUGAUGCUGUCAUUUUACUUUUCAACAUAGAUUGAUCCUGUACCACUCUGUUGACCUUAUAUAGGGAUUACUUAGAAGGUGUUUUUGUAUAUACCAUCCCCAAGGAUUCUACAUGUAAUACAAAAUAGGUGAAAAGAAAAGCACACACUUUUGUAGAGCUCUCUCAAGUGCGUAGAGGAUGUUUUGAGUUCUUUGUAAAACUAAAACAAGAAAAAAACACCUUCAAAAGGAGUCUCACUGGGGCAAAAAUGUCUCACCGGAGCCCCUGGGAGUUUUGGUGUCAGAAUUUUGCCUCAGUAAAGACUAAAUAAAAUAGAAGUCUUCAUACAUUAAUAAUUUUCAAAGAGAAACUGAUUCCUGUUAUCUGAUGCAAGUUGUGUGUUUUAAGAAAUAUUUCUGUGGGUACUGGUUAAUAUCAGUGUACUGAUCAAGGACUUUCCUAAUUCUUGUUACAGGUGAGAUAAAGCCUAUUUUAAAAGAGAUUAUCAUUGGUGACAUUUUUAGUUGCUUUCUCUACGUCACCGGAAAGUAGUUUGCUCUCUUGCCAAAUUGCAUACUAGAAAAGCAAAGCAGUAAGGUCCUAGGAUGAGAGAACAAAAAACCAAGUGCAUUUGCAAGCCAAAGUGUUUGGUAUUGUGUGUUCAUUUGAGUAAAGAAAUGAUUUCAGAACUUGAUAAUGUAUCAUUUUGAUAUAAAUGAGCUGCUCUGGGGACUUGGAUCUCUCUUGAGCUAAUAUUAAUAGUACUUUUCAUCAUAACCCCAUCUCCCCCAGUAUCUAAGCAUAUCAGCUUUCAUCCAUGGGCUUUUCUAGGGAGCCCCCAUCCACCGUUCCCACUAGGAGGUAUGGUUGUUCAUGGUAUGAUGUAAAGUGUCUUCCAGAUAUCACAAGUCAUCCAAAUUAAAAAUACACCAAAAGGUCAAUGUGUUCAUUUGAUGUAUGCAAAAAAAUCAACUUUGAUACCAAUAGGUGCUGUCAUAAUUAGCUAGCCUGAGAUAAUUCAGAAGUUGAGUGUCUUAAAGUCAGAACCCUGAAGUUUGGCAACAGUUGAUCAUAUACACCACAGAAAACAUAAGCACUAAAUCCCACUCCCAUUUCAGUUAAUAAUCUUUACUAUUUCCAAUAUAUUUUUGUUUAAAAAAAAAUCAGAAAAGCCUUCAUAGAAACCUGUUCUUUAGGGUUCUUGUUGUGGGGUGGUUAUCUCUAAUGCCAUCCCUGGUGGGCAGUUUGGCAGCCUUGCUUUUUUGUCACCUGGUACCAGUGUUAUUCAGUAUUUCAGGAACUAACCCAUUUUUAGAGCCCCAAAUAACCUUUUUCCCUCUAAAGUUCCCCAUUAUCAUAGAUGGUGUUUUACUGAAACUUUGGUGUACUGGGGAUGCUGUUGACCCUGAUUUUGAGAGGUCAUGCUGUUGAGGAAGUUCAAUUGGCUGAUUUUUUGAUAGAGAGAAAAUUGUAAGAGUCACAGCAAAAAAAAGUGCAGCCAAAAGAGAUGGGGCAUUUGGUUCUGCUCCAUUUGCCGUGACACCAGGACAGAACCUGUCAGAACCGAUCCCUCUUCCCACACUUUCUUCUUUGUACAUGUAAGCUUUUGCCUUUCCACCCUAUGUUCUACAUGAAGAAGAGACCAGAGUUCAGUGUAACACUUGUUAAAACCUGUGAAGGAAUCUUCCCAGCACGAACUUUUUGGCCAUCUGUCCACCUUUGAUACUAUCCAAGACCUCAGCAUAAGCUGACUCACGUAAUUUAACACAAAUCCCCUCUAACAAGGACGCUUCUGCCAAGUUACCAUUUUCACUCCACACCCUUGACAGAUGGAGAAAUGCUUCAUCGUGACUGUUUUUUUUUAAGGAGUGUUCCUGGGGGACAACUUAGAAUAUCUACUUUCUCUGGAAAAGUUGCAACCCUCCAAACUUGGCCUCUCUUUUGCCAGCCCAGACAAGAUCUCUCAUUCAGAUGAAAGAGACUUUACACAAUAUUCUUUAUUGCCAACAGACUUACAGCUACAGUCAAUUACACAAUUAAACACUUUAGAAAACAAUUGUUUCUCUCAACCCUUUGAGCCAUGGUCAUUAUGCCUUUCAUGGAAAUGUAACAAGGUGUACUUCAUAGAAAACUUAUAAUUAAAUUAUCAAUUCCAUGCUUUUAAGUUGUAUCUACAAGUGCAAAACCUCAACACCCAAAUGUUUUUAGUAUCUAAGUCAAAUAUCCAAAGGUUUGCUACAUAAUCAGAAAUGCACACACCAUUAUUCCAAUAAUAAAGGCACAUUUUCCAAUAACCAAUUAUAAGGAGAAGUGCAGCAUUACUAAAGGUGUGUCAUCUUCCACUCCUGGAAUGCAGUGGAGACACCUGGGAAUGCUAUGCAGAUCCCGCCACUUGACUAUCCUUGAAGGGAUCGGGAUCAAAAUUGGAAACCACAUCCUUUCCUGAAGGAGGCAAAUGGAUUCCUUAAAGAUGAGGAGGGAACUUAAGCCAAUUCUCCUAGCCGGUUGUAUUGUCAGAUCUCUAAAACGGCCAAAGAACUUAGAUUUUAAUCAUUUUUUAUAGAACACAGAUUAGAAAACUUAAAAUCCAUUUUGUUUUUCCGCUCCUCAGGAUGUCCAAAAAGCCAGAUCUGUUCCAAUAUCAAAGUAGAAAGUGGUGAAACGGUGACAAGCCAAGACUUAGAGACCUUUACAAUAAUUCUUUUUUGUUUCACAAAAAUUAACGGGAAAAACUCUACAAUAUUUUCAAAUAAUAAUCAUUUAUCAAUAUGCAUAAUUUACCAUCCAAAUGCUCUUUAAAAAAUAAUAAAUAUCUUAUUAUUACACAUUAAAUUUACAUGGAGUCGUCUGCUAAUCCUUGGAUUUAAACACCAAAUGUUUAAUUCUGAAUACAAAGAAACAUUCAUUUUAAUUGUACAAUAUUUGUUCUGAAACAAAUUAUACUCAAAAGUCAAGUGAACAGAGAACAUUUUACUUGCAACCAACACAUAGUGGUUACUAAAAAAGGUAAUUCAAUGUUCAAAGGUGGAUUUGCCCAUUCCUUUCUGUUUUGUUAUUGGCUGCUCGAGCUUGAUGGUUAAAAACUGUGGAUGUGGAAAAAAAUAAUAAAAAUAACUUCCUA